AUGUGUGGUGAUCACUCGCGACAGUCUAGCGGUGGUGCUCUCGCUGUACUCAGUCCCCCGCUUCGAAGCACUCGGUCAAUGUCGCCGACAAUGGCCGGUCGACUCACAUUUCAUGACUGUGGAAAGGGAGGUUCAACAGCCACUCACGCCACGUUCACACCAGGCGACAACGACGUUAGCAACAGUCUAGUCGACUUAGACUCGUGUGUAGUUGGCAUCCAUGAGACCGGCGACUUGACCACAUCCGCCAUAAUAAGUCCCUUUAUAUAUAAGUUCAGUAUGGCCCAACAAAGUCGGAUCCUGGCAGACAAUCAACAGGAGCGGUCGAUGGAAGUGUCUCUAGCCCACCCAAUGAAGAUCGAGGUUGGUGGUGAAGGGAUAAUUGGUCGAAGAGUCACCCUCUGGUCGCAACAUGAUGCCGAUCCCAUCGCAGAAGGGAUCAUAGGAUACAAUUAA